UCUCAAAAUAUUUUACACUCUUCUUUCCAUCAUGAUGAGGUCAGAGUGGAGAAGGCAAAAACGUUUCUGUUCUGCUAUAAACAGAAGAGUUAGAACUCAUCCCAUUUGAAGUCCUGUCAAAGGAGCCUCAAAUAUUUAGCGGCACCGAAUGGCGAAGUAGCCCAUGUGUCAACACCAUCAUCUUAAUUAAAACAACAGCAUUAUUGUUCAAUCAGCAGACAGAAAAAGUCUAUGCACAUAGUCCAAACUUGCACCUAACAUAAACUUGCCUAAAUUCUAUCUUGAAGUUUCUAUUUGGAAGAGAAAGGUUUUCGUUGUCAUAAAGGGCAACCCACGUGCUUAUUACAUAUUGGAUUUUCUUUCUUUUCUUCCUUGGCUUGUUUCAAUCUCUACACAAGGGGAGAUAAGGGGCCAAGAAUUUCAUACAAGCUUGGGAGUUCUUAUCUACUUUAGAGAAUGUUUUUGUACCACUAGAUGGUUUCAGCUGAAAGAAGUAAACAAUGAUCACAAGACGAGUUUGGUAUGAUCUUGAAGAACAAAUAUGAUAGAAGAAUAUCGCAAGGAAAGAGGAAAGUCCAUAAAUAGAUUUUGUACAUCCCAUGUACUGAGUUAAUGGAUGAAGUACCUGGCUCCUUGGGCACAACCGCUAGCUUCAGUCUGAGAAUGGGCCAGACCAUGUUCUCAUCUGCUUCCCUUCUCUUCAUGUCUUUUGGGGUUGAAUUCUACAGCUACACGGCUUUCUGCUAUUUGGUUACAAUUAUGGGGUUGGUCAUACCGUGGAGUUUCACAUUAGCACUAGUAGAUGGAUAUUCGAUUCUGCUCAAAUGCCCCAUUCGUCAACCAGGAAUUCUGCUGAUUAUUGUUGUGGGAGAUUGGGUACUAUCAACCCUCACACUAGCAGCAGCUUCCUCAACAGCUAGUGUUGUGGAUCUUCUGCUCAACACUCACGGCUCUUUUUGCCCUCCAAAGCUCUGCAGCAGGAGCAAAGUACCCCUUGAGUCCAAUGAAUCUCACGCUCAACUUCAUAGCAGAUACAAGAUUGUAAAAUACUAACAUGUAAAGAUGGCACACUGCAGUUCUGCUGUUUGGUAAUUCCCUUCCCCGUACAGGAGUUGAACACUUAUCAUGUAUUUCACCAUCAACACUUGCCCCCGAGUCCUCUGGUGGCCUUGUUGAGAAUUUGCGGUGAUAUACAGAACCAACAAACAAAAUAAACAGUUAAAUUUUCGAAGUA